AUGUCAUCGUACGUGACUACGCCACCGGAACUCCUCCCCCCUGACCACCUGGAGAUAAGUCUCGUUGAGAUCCCCCCGGGUCCAUGGGCGCAAUAUUCAAAGAUGAUCCCAUGGAAGUCGGCCCGCUGCGAAGGCCUUUUACUGUCCGAUCUCGUUGCUUGCCUCGCUCAUCUAGCCCGCAAACGCGACCUGUCUGUCGUCCCAGGAAGCUGGACCAGAACGGAUCAAAUCCUGGACCUACAGCUUCUGAAACAAGAUCUACAUGAGAACCUUCACUGUGCAGAGGCUGCUUUGAUUUACAUGACCGGUGACACCGCCGAAGUCCCUUGCACCCGCUGUUUGAAGAAGGAAGGUGUCUUCUCGGUGUGUGUCGUGAGCAACGAGCCUGGCGCGCCCCGGGCUUGUGCAAAUUGCUGGUACGCUCGUGGAAAGAACUGCAGCAUCACAACCGAAGCAGGUGUACUGGCCACCCGCAGGCUCAUGUUCACUCCUCCUUGCCGGCAAGUCAGAUCAGAGAGCGACAAAGCUGCCAUCACUCGGGAGCUUCUUCCUACCAUCCAGAGCCGCAACGCCCUGGCUGCCGCCUUUGAGACUGCAGGCCCCGCCUCCGAAGAUCAGCUAGCCGCAGUGCGCCAACACCUUAUUACUCUGGACACCAUGAUCCAGAACUUCGCACCUCAGGGAAACUAG